AUGGCAAUAACACUAAUCCAACUCCUUACCAAUAUUUGUUUGCAUUUAAAAAAUUUUUUUUUACUUCAUUAUUUUCAACACUCGGAAAAAGCAAAUUGCAUAAAUGAUUUGGAUGCAAUUUUAACUCAAAUACCCACUGAUUCAGGCUUAGACAUUAACACCCUAUUUGCUAAUAAAACACCCUUUCAAUUAAAAAAAACGUGUCCACUUUCUAUAGGACAUGUUGAUUAUAGAAAUUUAGAAAUUCCUGAACAAAAUGCAUUCAUUUAUGUUUGUGGAUAUAUUAUGAGUAAAUGUCUAACCAAACACUCAUGUGAAAUAUGUUUAGAGUAUGCAAAAACCCAAAAAAAUUUAGAUCCUUCAUUUUUGUUAUGCUUUUUUAAAGCGUAUGAAAAUGCUAAAAAAUCAACGUUUGGAAAUUUAAAUAUGCCCCAUGAAAAUUUUUACAAUUAUGUUUAUAUCUUGGAAUCUGAAUUUAUAAAUAGUUUUCCUAUUUUGUCUGUUGAAAAAGGAAUAGGCGAUAAACUUAAAAUGAGAAUGCAUAAUAUUGAUUAUGAACAUCCAUGUCCCAACUUUGAUAAAGAUUACUUACUGAAUUUUUUUUUGCGUUUUUAG